AUGGCAGCAGGUGUUCGAGAUCCAGCAUUCUGGAAGCGGUUUUCAAUGGCGGUACAUUUGGAUGAAGAGAAAGCAAACAUUUCGGAGACCAGGUCAACUUCAACUGCCUCGUCAACAGCACCUUUGAGACAUACUGAGACAUGGCUUGAGCGAAACCGGAGGAAACAACGUCGGACCCGAAUCAUAGGCUGCCUCAUCGCCCUCGCCUUUAUCGCUGUCAUUGUGGCAGUCGUUCUUGUGUUGCUGUGGUUUGCGAAAGUAGGGCCGUUCAAGGACAAAUCGUCGUGA